UAGGCCUAUUAUUAAGCUCUAAAUAGCCACUAGUGAGACCACAUGAGAUGAGACAGAGCUACCUGUGAAAAUCCCUCCGCUACUCCCCUCCUCCAAAAACUGACUUCCGGACACGGCAACGUUGUUCCCUCCCCAAAACCAAACCAGUGGACUUUCACUGUACGCACGACCAUUUAACGGAUAUCCGAACGUCUACUCGCCAGUGUCGGUUCUCGUGGACAGCGUUUUGGGGAUUUCUGAGAGGUCGCCGGUGGUUGGGUUUUUGAACUGAAGGUCCGAGAGGACUCGUUUCACCCGGUGGCGGAUUUGAAUGACAAAGGGACGAACUGGGAGUUAAAAAGACGCGAAUUUGCAGGAUGGAAAAUCUCUCUCUUCUACUCUUGUUUUUAUCGAUGGGUGUAUCCCAUGCCAGGGUGGUGUCUCUGUCCCCUGGCCCUCUGCUCCGUGUGGAGGGCCAACCUGUCUCACUGCGCUGUGAUGUCACUGACUACGAGGGGCCCAGGGAGCAGGAUUUUGAUUGGACCAUGCAGCAGGGAGGGGCGGGGCCUAUCAAUGUAAUCUCUACCUUUGAACCAAAGUACUCGGAUGUGUCGCUAAGCGACCGGGUGGCCAGUGGUGACCUGAGCGUGGUGCGCCUGGGGGACAGCGUGGUGGAGCUGAGGAUACGGGAAGUGAGGUCUUCAGACAGCGCCACGUACCUCUGCAGUACACCCAGUACGGACUCUGUCUUCAGCGGGAACUACGACGCAAGGGUGACGCUCAAAGUCAUUGCUAACACCCUAAAGGUGGCCCCAGAGGUCCCAGAGCCCGUGGUCCCCGAGGGUGGCGACAUCACCCUCUCCUGCAACGUCACCCGCCACUUCACUGAUCCCACCUACCUGUCCGUCACCUGGUCGCUACGGAGACCAGGUAUCCCAUUGGUGGACAUCCUGACCGUUGGCCCAGAUGGGGAUGUGGUCACAGGAAGUGGCUCCGCCCAGCGCUACGCUGACGGAGGGCUCCGAUUGGCUAUUCGCAGAGAUGGGGCGUUUGGAUUGGUUGUUGCCGGGGUGACGCAAGCUGAUGCAGGGAUGUACGUGUGCACGGGGAGGGAAUGGAUUCACGAGGAAGGGGGUCAGUGGAAGAACAUCGUGGAGAAGACUGUGGAGAUGGGAGCUGUGGCAGUCACACCUACAGCUCGUUCCCUGUCUGUCAUGGCCAAGUCCAACACCACGCUCAACAUGGACGACACCCUGACCCUCACCUGCCUGGUCUCCGCCGGCAACUUGGCAUCCCUGGCCCUGGAGGUCACCUGGCUUGUGGACGGACGCACAGCGGUCAGCCUGGGCCGUGACGGGGUGGUCUCAAACGGGUCCCCCUCGGUGGGGCUGGAGCGUACGGGGCCAGGGGAGUUUAGGCUGGUGGUGUGGGGGGUAAGGGGGUCUGACAAGGGGAUGUACUCCUGUAGGGUCCGGGCCUGGGUCGGAGGCGGAAGAUGGUACCAGGCUGCAGAGAAGACCUCCAACCCAGUUCAAGUUCUAGUCACACAGAUCAAGCCUAAUUUCGCAGUGACCCUUACCCCCUCGUCGACCCCGCAGGUCACAGGUGACCCCACAGAGCUGGCGUGUCAUGUGACCAACAUCACCCACUUCCUUGCAGGGGGCCGACUGGGCGUGGCCUGGGAGUACACACCACUUCCUGGUCCACCAGGCGACCGCCUGACAACCGCACAGACCACCCUCCCUAUUGGUUCCCUGGAUGCCCACGGCAACCUGAAGUCUGGGACGCUGUACCGUGAUAGGUUGGAGUCUGGUGCCAUCCUUCUGACCCGAGUAGAGCCGGAUACAUUCAAGCUCCGCUUCUUACGCACACAGGAGGUGGACAUGGGGGCGUAUGCGUGCAGUGUGACAGCGUGGACUCCAUCUAGGCAGGGUGGAAUGGAGGAGGCAGCAGAGUUCCUCACCCCCCCUCUGACCGUCCAAUGGGAACCCAAACGUCCGUCUCUAACCGCCGUGGCACAGCGUGUGCGUGAGGCGGUGGCGGGCGGAGCCACCUUUGAGAUGAGCUGUACCAUAUCCCAUGUGCACUUGCAGGACCCGGGCUACUCUGUGCUGGUGCAGACUCAGGAGAGCGUGGACUCUGCCACCAGAACCGUCAUCUCUCUCAGUCCUGACUCUGUACUACAACAUGGAGGGGCUACAGACCCUAACCGCAGGGACAGCCUGGUUCUGACUAAGACGGGUCCGGCUGAGUUCCGCUUCCGUCUGGCCGGAGUGCAGCAGGCUGACAGGGGCUUCUACUGGUGUGACAUCACCGCCUGUACCAAACAACCAGGCCAGGCCUGGACCAAAGCUGUCAGCGCCAAGUCCAACAAGGUCCAGAUCAACUUCCAGGAGACUGGCCCCUCGUUCGCUGUGGCCAUCCGCUCUGACACCACCACUCUGUAUCCCUGGGAGACCGCCAAGAUGGUGUGUGCCCUCAGCGUCUCUGGAGCAUCCCCCAAGUCAGAUGACCUGUCCUAUGAGGUACGUUGGUACCUCACGCGGCUGAGAGGGGGGAACAAAGGCACCCUACUGGCCAGCGUGGACCGCUUCGGUCUGGUCAAGAAGGAGGCGCGCAACGCCAGCAGUGACGUGUCCCUGGAGCGCACAGACACACACGCCUACGCCCUGAACAUCCACGCCACCCAGGACAGCGACAGCGGGGAGUACCACUGCCAGGCCACGCCCUGGUACCUGUCUGCCUCCACAGGGGCCUGGACACACGGGGCAGAACUCACCUCUACCAGGGUGUUCCUCACUGUACGAUUCCCCAUGUGGGACUCUCUGAAGCUGCCUCUGCUGUACGGUUCUGUAGCCUCUGUGUCCGUGGGGCUCUUCUCUCUACUCCUGGGUUUCAUCUGUGCCCACUGCUGCUGCCGCAACACCACACACACACCCCGCACACGCAACAAACUCAUAGACCUGGAGAUGGAUUGACUAGCACAGGCCCGCUGGAGCGACCACCGCUUCUCCAGCUGAUGAACUACGAGCACGCGCACGUUACCGCGCCGGCACAUUACCACGGCAACGGCAGACAAUUGACCAAUCACAGCCCUUCGGGUGCGCUCCGUGGAGCUUUUAAGCGCACCAACGGGGGAGGAGGAGAGACAAUAGGACAUUUACUGUGGAGCUGUAGAGGGGGAAAAACACUGAACUGAACAAACUGCUAAAGAAGAGUGCAGGAUAUCUAGUCUGCCUAUGUGAACGUAUUGAUGUUAGGUAUUGCACAAAACAGCCCUGGAGUAUUCCUACCUUAGUAGACUUUCUCUACGUUUGUCCUCAACUAGUUUUUGAAAUGAGACUGCUUUUAAAUGGAGAUGUGUGUGUGUAUACUAUAUUUGUGUGGUUUGCCACACCUGAGGCUGGGAAAGAGCCGCUUUACCCGUUUUGUCCUGCCCUAUUCAUGGUGUGAUGUCAUAUCCUGGUGUGAUGUCAUUUCAAUGACUCAACAGCAACUAGGCAGGUUCCCCGGUGAACAUUGAUGACCUCAGAGGCUCUCCUCUAGAGAGAGUGAAUGACACUAAGGAUCCAAACCUCACCUGCUGUAACCCCCUACACUGACACUGGUGCUACCCCCACUGUGAAUGACAUUGAUGUUAUGUUGUGCCUAGGGUUUAUAUGGGGCAGGUUGAAGAGCAAGCUGGCCAUUAAGAGAAUGGAUUGUGACUGAAAGGAGUGGUAUGAUAUGGACUAACAGUCAGAGGGAGAGAUCGUUUAUUUAGGUAGCAUACUGGAUUAAUGCGUGGAACCAGCUGGAACCUGCUGUCCUCCACACACUAUCCCAGCCAAUGCCUGACUCUAGCUGAAGGAGUCCCAAAGUGGCUUCCUCGUCUCCUCUCCUUCAUCUGCACUGAUCAAUAAACACAGGAUGGAUCUAAGCAAUAUAAUGGUUGAAGCCUACCCGUUUCAUUCACAUCAAUGCAGAUUAAGUGAAGAAGACGGGACGAGGAAGCCAGAGCAUGGAGAUACACCCGUGGAAUGCAAUGGAGAAGGAUUAGAGAGAGAACUGUUAACAAACCCAUUCCUGAAAGGAACGUCCAUCUCACCUCCCAAUUUAGUAGGGCCCAGCAGUCCUUAGGGAGUCUUCUUCCCCUGUCUCUGGUACAGUACAAUACACUCCAUAUACUGCCAACACUCAACAUACUGACAUGCACAACAACAGUUAAACACACACUGCUUGAUCGAGCACUCCUCUUACCCAAUGCCAUGUACCCCAACAUCUACAAAUAAAAUCACACUCCUCCCGCACACACACAACCCUACACACACACUGUCCUGUAUACACACUGCCAAUGUAACCCUGUGUGAAUGCACAUCUUGUGAGGCACCAGCUGUAUCUAGGUUCUGGCCAGGUACCAACUGGGUCUUUGGCUCUGGGAUCUGACCUGGUUUAACUCACUAGCGCCACCGACGGGAGAAGAGCUGCUGUGUGCCGAUCAAUAAACCAGGGCCCUGUUAAAAUACUUAGAAAUUGCAUCCUUCCUAAUCUGACAUGACUGGAUUGGUGAAAGAGGUGUAGUGGAACCCUGGUUUACAGCUGCCAUACAUCUGUAUGAGAUCAGACAUGUACUUGAAGGAAAGAGUUGCAUUUUAUAGUAUUGGUAUCAGGCCUCGAGCUGUCCCACUGUGUGGGUGAAAGGUGUCCCUAAGCACUGACCCAAGGUCAGUUCUGUGUGCAACCUCGUAAUUAUUUAGUUCAGGUUUGGACUUGGGGAAGCUGAUCCGAGAUCUAUUCGAAGAACCUCCCUAAAGUCUAGAACCACAGACAGAUAGGACAACCGCCAACACAAAACACUGCAAGUUCUUUUUAAAGAUCCUUACUGUCAUUUUAUUUUUUGUAAUUUGAAAUAGAUUUCUAAGUCUUUUUGUAAAUGAUUGUAAAGCCCAAUAUGGAUUUUUAUCUGACAUGAAUAUCUUAUUCUGUGCCGAUGUUUCUCUGGGUGACGAUCAAUCAGGGUUUUUUAUGAUUCGCCUCUGCUUCCAGGCCUCUGAAAAACUUCAAAUAUUUCUGCCAGAAUAAAUGUUUUAUAACAGUA